AUGGGGAAUGUGCCAUCAGCGGUGAAGCAUUGCCUCAGCUACCAGCAGCUUCUCCGGGAGCAUCUCUGGAUCGGAGACUCAGUGGCUGGGGCGCUCGACCCUGCGCAGGAAACAUCCCAGUCAUCUGGACUCCCUGAGUAUGUUAAAAUAGUAGAAGUUGGACCUAGGGAUGGAUUGCAGAAUGAAAAGGUUAUAGUUCCUACAGAUAUAAAAAUUGAAUUUAUCAAUCAACUUUCCCAAACUGGCUUAUCUGUAAUAGAAGUGACCAGCUUUGUGUCCUCCAGAUGGGUACCACAGAUGGCUGAUCACAUUGAGGUGAUGAAAGGCAUUCAUCAAUACCCAGGAGUUCGAUAUCCUGUCCUUACUCCUAAUCUUCAGGGUUUUCACCGUGCUGUUGCUGCCGGAGCCACCGAGAUCUCAGUUUUUGGUGCUGCAUCUGAAUCCUUUAGCAAGAAGAAUAUUAACUGUUCUAUUGAAGAAAGCAUGGAGAAGUUUGAGGCGGUUGUUAAGUCUGCAAGGCACAUGAAUAUUCCAGCACGAGGGUAUGUGUCUUGUGCCCUGGGCUGUCCGUAUGAAGGAAACAUCACACCACAAAAAGUGACAGAAGUAUCUAAGAGAUUGUAUGGCAUGGGCUGUUAUGAGAUCUCUCUAGGUGACACAUUUGGAGUGGGAAUUCCAGGAAGCAUGAGAAGAAUGUUGGAGAAUGUCAUGAAAGAAAUCCCACCAAGUGCGCUUGCUGUUCACUGUCAUGACACAUACGGACAAGCCUUAGCAAAUAUCCUUACGGCCCUUCAGAUGGGGAUUAAUGUGGUGGACUCUGCAGUAUCCGGAUUAGGUGGUUGUCCUUAUGCAAAAGGUGCCUCUGGGAAUGUAGCCACUGAGGAUUUGAUAUAUAUGCUUAAUGGCUUGGGGCUCAACACAGGUGUCAAUCUUUACAAAGUGAUGGAAGCUGGUGACUUUAUUUGCAAAGCUGUGAAUAAAACCACAAACUCUAAAGUAGCACAAGCCUCCUUCAAUGCUUGACUUGAAUAAAUUUGUGACUUAAGUCUGAGAAGAUCCAUCUCAGCUACAGACACUCAUCUGAAAAUCAUUACUGUCAAGUUGUUCUGAAAUGUGAAGUAAAUGACAAGAGUGGGGAAAAAAGAUGUAAUUUUAAUGUGUAUUCCGGAAUAAAUUAUGAAAUCCAUGAAAAGCAAUAUCCAGUCAUUGGUAAAUUGCAAGCUGAAGCUAAAUACUACGAUUUGUAGACCUGCUUUUGAACUUGGAGGAAAGUCUACUCUUUUGCUCUAAUAGAAAUAACUUUUUAAUUUAGUAGAUGUGAAAAUUGACUUCAGGUUUCCCUAAGUAUCAAAUACUGUGUUAAUACUUAAUCAAGCUGGCUUAGCACAGUAUACAUAUUGUCAGUAGUUUAUGAGCUUCUGCGUAGUGUGCAAAGUGUGUGGCCUCAGUAGUAUGUGUUAUGCCUCUGGAUCCCAACUUGCCAUUUGCCAAGUCUGUUAAAUUAUGGACCAAGCGCCAAAUCUCCAUCUGACCCUACAUAAUUUUUAGCAAUAGAACUUUUAUAUUUCAAGUAUGGCUAACAUCUGUUAACUAUUUCAGUGACUUUAUCUUGUUCCAAGAGGCUGUGGUCAAUGGCAAGAUGCCAUACCCUGGAAACAUUACGACCUCCCAUGUUUGUUAUAUGCAUCCAGUUUACCAUACUUUCUCUUUCAUCAGGUUUAGUAAAAACCGGCAUGGUGUUCCUCAACUAUUGAAAAAUAUAAGGUUCAACUUUCAUCUCAAUGUCUCAGUUGCAAUGAUAAGAACAGAUUGAUACAUAUAGUAUAAUCCACUUUGGUAAUUUUCAAAUCACAUCCAAAUUGCCCGAGGAAAUGUCACUAUGAUCCUAAGAACAGUAAGGCAGUUUUUAUUUCAUGAAACCAAACAAAACUGUUUUCACUGAUUCCAGGUACUUUGAUUAAAUCAGAUAAUUUAUGGUUAUUUUUAAUGUUGAAAUGGCUGAAAUUUUAUCUUUUGCAACAGAAAGAAUUGCCAGAAAUGCAAAAGUUAAUAUGUCAAAGUGGAGAGGAGGAGCAGAAAGAUUGUGUUAAGAAAAAACAUUUCUGUAACCUAUGCAAAUCAUAUGGGGACAGAAUUAUGAACUGUAGGUCUGAAUCAUCAGUUCUAUUAUUUAUGUAGACUUCUCCGGUAAUACUUGGUUGAUUUUAUCUUUGAAUAAAUUUGAAUAUAACUUGAAAUAUGAAAGUGAGUA